AUGACACUGGCUGCCAGCCGAAAAAAGUCUUGCGUUCUUUGCCGGACCAGUAAGGCGAGGUGUUCGCUCGGGACACCAUGCCGGCGCUGUGAGGAAAGGGAUUUGAGGUGUAGAUACGACCACGUCCCCAAGCAAUCAGCUGGGUACCGGUCACUACGUCCGGCCGAGACAAUUGCUGACCGCGGUGUUCAAAGAACACUUCUCAAUGACACGGAGCCAUCGAUCCGCCUCGAGAGUGAGGGCCUGCUUCCGGAGGACCACCCGCGUCUCGACCGCGAACCAUCGAUGGACUGGGCGAACCUCUUGUCAACGGAAAUUGUGACAAUCCCUUUGGGCUCUGAGCCUGGUCUACCGAGACAGCUCCUAGAUCCAACCACUUUCUCCUUGAGCUUCGACUCGCCUCAACUUCGCCAUACGGUGCUUGGCGGUGCCGGAGUACCGUGGCAACGAAGUAACUCGAACCUCUUCGGACCAGAGGACCUUGGUGUUUUGAGCGCCAUGGAGGUUACAGAAUAUCAAGAUCACGAACAUCCUUCAAGUGAAAUCCAAUUGCACAGGGCUUUCAAGGAUUGUCCGGCAAGGAAAAUGCGGCCAUUCUACCAAGACAAACCCCUCGCACCACGAAUCACUAAAACGGUGGCGACGUGCUUUACAGCCAGAGUCCUCCUCGGCCAGAUCUUAUCUUAUCCGAAGAUGAUGAUCAAAGGUGGUCGAAUGCCGCCUUUCAUUUUCCCACCCUGCGCCAUCGACGGGUCCGAAUCAAUAGCUGGAUGUUGUGGCAAGGAACUUCACCAGUGUCUUCCAGAACCGCUAGCCAUCUGCUGCAACCUCGUCCAAAGCUUCUAUCAGAGGACUCCGGGGAGCGCGGCCUUUGUGUGGAGGAGUAUAUACAGUGAAGUAGGCAGAAUCAGGCAAGAGCAUUCUUCUUAUAACAGCGAACAGAUGUUACAUGCUCUUCAGGCCGUGGUUAUAUAUCUGCUGCUUCAAGCCAAUGACCUCCAAUCAAUACAAGAAAACAACAUCAAAGCAAUACUAGUAGUACCCAAUCUGCUAGCCCGGUCGCUGCACCUGGCCCUAGAUUACGAAGUCGACCUGACUAAGAAGGUCACUUUGGACCGUCGAGGCUGGAUUCUUCGUGAGAGUACCAGGAGGCAGGUUCUGAGAGACCAAGUCAAUUCGAGAAGUUUCGCUAACAGCAAGGGACUGCAGGAUAAUCUGUCUUCUAUUUGGCAUUGA